AUGUCUCCCCCACACACCACGCCCCUCCUCGUGCUGACGAAGGAGCGCAUCGACACGCUGGUGGCCGAGCACAAGCAGGUGCUGGGGCAAGGCGCCUCGUGCACGGUGUACCUGGUGGAGGUCGGCGGCGCCCAGUGCUGCCUCAAGCUGGCAAGGGACCAGCGCCUCGCCGCCAUGUUCCGCAGGGAGUUUGACAUCCUGCUGGACCUGGACGGCGCGGCGGGCGCUCCCAAGGCCUUGGGCACCAGCUUUGGGUUCCCCGCCUUGCUCACCACCUUCUGCGGCCAGAACACCUUCUGCAACCUGCACAAGCUUGCUCCCCGUUUCCCUGACAGACUGGCGGCCUUCGUGGCGCUGGCCCGGGACGUGCGGCAGCUCCACGCCCGCGGCUACAACCACAAUGACAUCAAGCCCGACAACGUCGUGGUGCGCCAAGGCCCCGACGGCCGCCUGCAGGUGUCCCUCAUUGACUACGGCUUGGCCAAGAAAUUCGGCUCAGAACUCGGCAUUGCACGCACGAACAACCACCGCACGCCCUGGAUGGCCCCGGAGCUGCGGCGCGGCGCGCCCUGCUCGCCCCCCGUGGACGUGUUCUCCCUCGGCUACGUCCUGAGGCGCAUCCUAGACACGUGCCACACGUGCCUCCCCGACCUGGAGGUGCUGGCCGACAGCGCCAUGGCAGCUGACCCUGCACAGCGGCCCUCGGUGGCCCGCAUCAUCAGGACAGUCAAGGAGUACACGGGACAGACGUCCAGGAAGGCGGCCUUUGUCCGGCGUGUUCGCAAGGCCUUCUCCUGCCUCUUCCCGCGCCGCCGCCAUUACUAA